GGUAACGGAUUUUUUUUUUAUGUAAUAAAGGUAAAGUCUUUAUAAGAUAAUUUGCCUUUACUGGACUUUUUUCUAAAAUCGGCUCCAAUAUGUGGUAGUUCGAGUCCACCUUUUUUCCAUGAAGUAAAACUACAUUUUUGUCUUUCCGUCCAUAAAACCAAUACACCAUUUUAUAUUAAUAACUCGUUUAUUAUUUAUAUUCUGACCAGCAGUAGUCUAGAUAUUUUAAUUCUAUUUGCACACUCCUCACUUAACUUGAUGUUUGAUGGUGUCUAUACUAUAUUGGGCCACACUAAACUAGUGUACAUAGUAAUAUAUAUGAAAGAAUGCAUUUUUAGAAACAAGUUAUCAUUAUCAUUUGAUUUUGUCAGAUUUUCCAUUCUGGAAAAGUAAUCAGAUGCGAGCUGAAAUAUUUUAACAUGUAAAGGGGAUUUGACUAGUGCAAUUUUUGCAGCCAAGUUUUCAUCUUCGCUAGCCAAGGGUUUUCGGUCCACUCCGCUCCCCAUUCGAGUGGAUCGAAAACCCUUGGCUAGCGAAGAUGCCAAGUUUAACUUUUAAAUAAUACUCGGUUGACCAAUAAGGCCUGUGGGCCUCUUGUUUUCAUCAAAUUGCCUUAUGAUUUAAUCUUAGUUUUAUACCCUCUAGAACAAUGUUGUGUAGAAUUUAAGAAUUAGCAUGUUCAUAGAUAUAUUUUCAUCGUGUCCCAAGGGCUUAUUUACUGAGCAAUACAGAUGUUAACAAGGAAUAUUGAAGAACCACAGAAAUAUGAUAUGUAUGAAAAGUAGAGAAUAUGAAAAGUAAUACAUGUAUACUUCAAACCUUAUUUAGAUAAAAAUUGUAGUUUAAGUAGAAAGUAAUCUAAAAAAUAUAAAUAAUGAAAUUUAAAAAAAAAACCAACAAAAAUUAAAAAACUAAAAAAAAAACCAAAAAAAAAAAAAAAAAACCCCAACAAAAAACCCCCAACAAACAAAGCUGAUGGACUCUAAACAAAGGAACAUCAAUUUUGUUGGGAGUCUUUUUCAAUAGUUACUGUAAAAAAAAAUCUUUGUUAACCAUAAAAUAUUUCAAAAGUCUAAGUUAUAAACGAAUAAUCAGUUAAUAGAUUUAUAUAUUUCAAAAUAUUGAAUCCAAGGGCGAUAACUCUGUUUUCAUUGAAUUAUUUAUAAGUCCAUUAUGCAAAAGAUUUCCUUCAUUUUUCACAAGCAUUUUGUAUAUUUUUUAAAGAAACUUGUAUCGUUUUAACCAGCUUUUGGAAAAUUUUGAUAAUGCUGAUUAAGGAAAAUAGCAUUUUUUUGACAUUGGUAACAAGUAAAUGUGUGCUAAUUGAUAAAAAAAAUUAUCAAUAUAUCGCAACAAACGUAUUUUAUCUUUUUAAUUUGUUACUAAGAUAUAUUAUUUGAAGAACCAACAAUCAAAUAUAAGAUUGAAACUAUAAUUCUAGAGGGGUGGAAAUACCUUAAAAAAUGAAUGUAUUUUGAGCAGCAAGUGUUGAUAGUUAACAGCUGGCCAUUUUCAGGAUAUCAAUUUGUUCCAAGUUAAUGGAGGCAACACAGCUAUUACAAACAUAGUUAUACCCUUACACGACACACCUAUACACCAAGAAGAAAUUGUGCUAAUUUUUAAAAAAGAGUUGGCUUAGAUGUUUGUCAGGUGGAAUAUUGCAUAUUGUUGGAAAACGUCACACAACUCUCUCUCCCCCCCCCCCCCCCCCCCCCCCCCAAGAAUAAUUCACCUCAUACUGCAUGUAAAAAAGCUAAUUUCCUGAGCAUAUAUGAAAUGGCCACUACUAUAUCUCCAUGGUCUAAUUCUUUCCAGACCUCUGUAUCUAAUAUUCCAGGACAGCCUAAUACAUGCUCACACCUGUCUUCAUAUUAUUUUUCAUCAAAGAUUUAGUAUCAACUACGGUAUUUGUAAAUGCACACAAACUAUAUGACAUCAACACAUCUGAGUCUCAUAUUUACUUUAUACCAACAUAUUACUCAAGUUUGGGCGACAGCAUUAUGUGCAAUGUCCCACUAUUCCAGCAGCUGUUCCGAGUAUCACUUACACCCUGUAUAACAUGUGAUUUACAACAGUUGGUGUCACUUACUCCCCUGUCAUACAUGAUCGACUCUCAAACACUGACGUGGAGAAAACUCAAGACCAGAGUAAAAAUGUCUGGGAUACAUGUAAAUACUUGAUUGGAUUAAAAUGGAACUGUUAACACAUGGUGGAACAAGGUCAAGGUCAAGUGUCGCCUGAUUACCUACACAGUAAUUCCACCAGCCACACUUGGGCUUUCUCAGCAGUCGCAGAACUUAUAGACAAUGCGUAUGACCCAGAUGUAAAUGCCUCUGAACUAUGGAUUGACAAUCGUGAUAUUAAUGGGAAAGUCUGUCUGACCUUCACAGACAAUGGAAAUGGAAUGGUGGUGGACAAACUUCACAAAAUGCUCAGUUUUGGUUAUUGUGAGAAGGUAGCAGUUGGAAAUCACCAGCCCAUUGGUCACUAUGGCAAUGGUUUUAAGUCCGGCAGCAUGCGGCUUGGAAAGGACGCGAUCGUGUUCAGUCGCCGCAUGGAUGUGAUGAGUGUAGGACUCCUCUCCCAGACCUAUCUGAAGGCUAUCAAGGCAGAGACCGUAAUGGUCCCCAUCAUCUCCUGGGAUCUCCCAAGCAAGACCAGAAAAGUGACACCAGAGAGCAAGAACAAUUUGUCGGCCAUUUGUUCCCACUCCAUAUUCAAGGACGAGAAAGAGCUACUGAGUGAGCUGGAUUCACUGGAGAAAUUCAGAACCGGGACAAGGAUUAUCAUCUACAACCUCACAAAGAACAACAACUCUGGCAACUUGGAGCUCGACUUUCUUAGUGACCCGUUAGACAUCAGAAAUCCGGAGUCUCACCUCAUAGACUACUCCACCAUCAACCGCACCAUUCACGACAAGAGUCCCGAGUACAAAGUCUCCCUCAGAGAGUAUUGCAGUAUUUUGUACUUGAAGCCACGGAUGAAGAUUAUUCUAAGGGGGAGGAAGGUGAAAACGAAAAUCAUCAGUAAGAGUUUGUCAGAGACUGAGAGGGAUGUCUACAAACCAACUUGGCUCAACAAUAAACCUGUGGUCAUUAAGUUUGGAUUUACCUCCAGUAAGAACCCUGAGGAUUACGGAGUGAUGUUGUACCACAAAAAUCGGCUGAUCCGAGCGUACGAGAAAGUGGGUUAUCAAAAACAGGCCAAUGAGCUGGGUGUUGGAAUAGUGGGUGUAGCAGAGGUGUUCUUUUUAACUCCAACGCACAACAAACAGGACUUUAGCCGAGAUGAAAAAUACAAUGCAUUUAUGACAAAUGCUGGAAUAAAACUGAACGAGUACUGGAACGAGAAGAGAGGAGGACCAAACGUGGCUACAGGAGUGAUGACCAAAAACAAAGUGGUGGCCCCUGACUGGCUGUGGGCCCAGUGUGAUAACUGCCUUCAGUGGAGGAGGCUUCCGGCGGGCUUUAGACAAGUGGACCUUCCAGACAAGUGGUUCUGUCACAUGAACCCAGAUGCCUCAUUCAAUCGCUGUGAAAUUCCUGAGGAACCUGAGGAUGAAGAUGAAGCAUUGAUGGGGCCCAGCUAUAAAAAACACUUUAAAAAACAACAGUCUGAGCUAAAACUGAAAAUUAAAUUCCAUGAAAAGCAGCAAAUUAAAGAAAAGGAGAUGCAACUGUCAGAGAAAGAGAGACAGUUACAGAGGAAAGAAAUGGAGAUAAACCAGAGGAAGAAGUCCGAGUCCUACAAUCCUAUAGUAGAGAAGCUGAGGAAACUGGAAGAGAAGGCUGCCAAACAAGAGAAGAUGAUCGAGGCUCUCCACAAUGAGCGGACGAAACAAGACGCAGCUAGUAGGCAGAUGUUGGACGCUGCCGAAAGUCUGAAUCUCGUCAAUUUACGACAGAGUGAGCUGUUAGAUAAAGUAGCCAGAGGAGCAGAUAUCAAGCCCCAGUCUUUAACCUCUAAAAGUAAGAAGAGGAAGCUCUCGGAGAGCACUAUUUGUAUAAAGACAGAAGAUGGCAGCAUUGUAGAGGUUAUACCUAAUCCCGACCAUGAGGAACGAGUGGUGGAUCUAACGUGUGACUCUGACGAUGAGACGGGAAAGGACAGUCCAUCAGCAUCAAAAAAAUCUAAAGACAAUAAUUCUAAACCAUCCACAAUUACAAAUAGUAAAAGUAGUGAUCAAAGUGAAACUAAGCUUUCUGAAGAUAAAAAACCUAAUCUUGAAAAGCUGAAGGAACAGAUCAACAAAAUAAGGACUUUUAAAGAGAAGGGCAUACAGACAGAGGAGCGGGAGGAGACGGCGGAGGAGAAGAACUAUAAGAAGAGGUUACUGAGCUUCCAGAAAAAUGUGCAUGAACUUCUGAGACGGAUCGAUCCCAGCAAGGAUUGGGGCGGCCCUGAGAAUAUAGAGGGGAUUAUCGUGCAGAUGAUGAAACACAUCGAACCCACAGGAGAAAUUGGAGACUCUGAAUGAGGAAGGCAUCAGAGGGGAGCUGUAAAAAUGGGGGGACUCAAUGAGGAAGGCAUCGGAGAUGGGCUGUAAAUAACUUUUCAUGUGUACUUUUAGUGGAGAAGUUGAUCUAAGAAACUAUUAAAUUAUGAAAUUUUUAUGGGGAAGUUCUGGAGUGAUAACAAGAAUUCCUGAUUGUUGUCAUUAUUUUUAAUGUAGACUGGUCACUGUCACUAUUUAUCAUAAACCUGACAGAUUGCAGGUGUUUAUGGUAGGUCGUGUCUGAGAUGAGUACACAACACAGAGAAUGGUAUGGUGCUGCACAGUAGGAUAUUUUUUAUACCUUGUAUAUACCUGUAUAAUAUAGAUAUGUGUUCAAUUUGCCAAGUACAAUACAGACUGUAAUUACAAUAGUAUUGUUUUUAUGUUUCGUUUUUUAAUGUGACAUUUGUUGAUACAAUUUGCAACAAACCAAAAGUAGCAGACAUUUCUUUUGAGUUUGACAUUGCUGUUGGGACUGUAAAUGAUAUCAUUUGAAAUGAGUUUUUAUUUUGAUGUAUUUUUUCAAAGCAAGAAAUAUGCAAAUAUAUAUAUAAUCAAAAUACAUGUAUUUGUUAGAGGUACCUGGUUAAAAUCAUUAAACAACUGAAGGUAACCCAUUCUGACAUCAAGCUGAAAGUUGAUAGUAUUUGAUAUUGCAUGAGAAAAGAUUGAUUAUGUAUUGCAUAGCCAUGCAUAAUAUACCCAAAAGCAAAAGCUCUGUAUGUGUAGAUAUAUAUAAUUAUGCAAGCAUGUACAGUGCACUGCUGUAUAUCGACUCAUUUUGGUGUACUUGAUAUGCUGAAUUUUGGGGGGGGGGGGAUGAAAAAAUUCAUCAAAAAUCGAAGCAUUAACAUUUGUCUAUAUAAAUGAUACACUUGUUAAAUGAAAUGCACCAAAAAUUAAAGUGCUAAAAUUUCUGAGGAAAAAUCACCAAAAUAUUCCCCACAUCAAAAUUACACAAUAUACUGUAUAUAAUUUUUCACUUCAUAUACUAAUGCUAAGAUGUGUAGGAAAUGCUAUUUAUCUUGCCACAGAAACAUAAUGCACACAGAGAUAGAUAUCUAUAUACAUUGUUUUCAACCCUUUUCUUUAAAGAGAGAGGGAGAAAAAACAGGAAGAUGAAAUUGUAAGCUCAUAGGCGUGUAUUAAAAUGUAAAUGUCCCAGUUUACUGUUAAACUAUCAUCUCAUUAAUAUCCAAAUUCCAUGUCAUAUUUAAUCAUUGCAUUUCUCAGGGAUAAGCAAUUACACAUUUUGAUAACUAACAUUUGAAAGUGUGAGUGUUUCUUUCUCUAUUGUCUAUUAUUCUGUUGUUGUGUUGGAAGUUUCACUUACUAUGUUUGUAUAAUAUGUAGAAAUACUUAUUUUUCACAAAAUAACUUCAAAAAAGUUUCAAUGAAUUGGGCACAAUCUUUGAAGUCUCUGUUGUUUCUUUGACCUGUGUGUAUGAGUGGAUUGAGUUUAAAAUUGUAACAAGCAAUGUGGCAAAUGAAAUGCAGUGUACAAAACAAAUACAUUAAUCCUCUUAAAUAAUACACACAUAGUAUAGGGGAAACUGUCCCUACAGAAUUGCAUUCCCUUAUUAAUGAGAGGGGCCAUUUCAGCAAGGUUUUCCUGCAUUACCACAACAUCUGAAUAUAGAUUUUUUUCCCAGUAAUACAUAUUUGAGAUAAGGCUUGUCGGACAUUUUAUAUAUGCAAGAAAUGCUGUAUGUGUGUGUCCUUGUACAAGCAAGCAGGAUUUUCCCCACCUCAUAUAACAUCAAUAAAAGUUGGCUAACAGCAUGCUUACCCAUGUGUGGGCUUGUGCCCACGAGAUGAUCUGUGUGGGCUUGUGGCCACGAGAUGAUCUGUUGUGUGGGCUUGUGUCCACGAGAUGAUCUGUUGUGUGGGCCUGUGUCCACAAGAUGAUCUGCUGUGUUUGAUGUAUUAAAGGUGCAUUUUGGUGAUAGGUUAGUGUCCCAUCUCCAUAAUGUACUACACAAUUGUGUGAAGGAUGCACAUGCACUACCUUUUUCGUAUAAUUAUUUUUGUUUAGACUACUUAUAUUAAUGUGCAUAUACUAAUGCAAGAUUUUCAAAAUAAACAGGACUCUAGUAAGACAUCUUGCAUCUUAAUUGCAGAGUUGUAAGCUAUUAUUAUUUGUAAUUAGACAAUUAUCUCGUUAAAUGUCUUGUAACCUAAGGCUAUUUAUAUGGACAAUCAUUUCCAAGGAGAAAAAACUUAAUGACUGUUGAUGGAACAUAAUUAUGUCUCCCCUCUUUCAGGGGAAACAUUGUUUUUGUACUUUCUGUCCGUCCGUCUGUCUGUCACAAAAUCUCGUGAAUGCUUCUCCUCCUAUAUGGCUUGUCGGAUAGACAAUGCUUCAUUGCAAUUUGUUGAUGUGCAUAUUGUCAGGACAGGAGGAUCCAAUUUUUUUCCUAAAAGUUAUAUUGGAUCUAAGAGGGGUGCAGGCAGUAAAAUAGCUUGUGAACACUUCUCCUAUAUGGCUUAUCAGAGUAAUGGCUAUGUUUCUGCUCAUGCUUUCUCCUCCAUAUCAUGCAGUACAUUAAGGAGAGGAGGUUUCAUUUGGAGCACUUCUAAUUUGGGGAGACAUUUGUUUUUCAUAAAAACAAUCUCUAGAUAUCAAGAUAAAAGUUGAUCAAGAUUUACUUUGUUUUCUGAACAGAAACUUUUUAUGUGUAAAUGUACACUAGCAGAAAUAAGACUUGAUGCAUUUUUUUCUCAUUUAUUAAAGAGGUCAAAAGGCAAAAAUUUUAAAAACUUGCUAGAGCACAUUUUGAUAUUCAUAUAUGUACUGCUCUAGAUCAAUUGUCUUAUGGAAAUAGAUUAUUUUGAAGAAUUUCCACUUGUCGGUUAGCAAUAAUCUUCUAGCACAUCCAUUAGGCAGCUUAACUGUAGAAAACAUUCCUUUCCAAUGCCUAUCAUGAAUACCGUUCUUUAUUAAAUAGUUCCUGUUGAAUUUACCUUACGUUUUAUCUUAUUCUGUGUACCCUGUAUUUACAUGACAUAAAUUUUUUUUCGUCCCACAUGUCGUGUAAUGUACAGGGGAAUGUUAUGUCAGUCUCGAGGUAUCUAUGAUAAUUUAUAAAAAUGAUGGAUUUUUUUUUUUUUUUUUUUUUUUUUUUACAAAUUUUAGAUCAGAUAUCUAUUCUUUGAGAAUAUUGGCUAUUUCACUGUGAAUUUUGUUACAAACUUUGAGAUCAGAUAUCUAUUCUUUGAGAAUAUUGGCUAUAUUACUCUGAAUUUUGUUUCAAACUUUCACACUCUGAUUACUAACGCAGUUACUAUUUCGAUGUGAUUGUGUGAUGAAAGUGUUGAUUUACAACAAACAGCAUUGUGUGGUUCCAUACAUGAAAUUACAAUUGCAUUUGGUCUUGAUGUGUGAUGAUGUUGGAAUUUUCAGCACUGCAUUUUACAUGAAGCCUAUGUAUAUAAAAUAUGAUUAGAAAUAUUCCUUUGUUCCAUUUUUAUACGCCCGACUUUAGAUGGGACUUAUGGUACAGCAAUGUCUGUAUGUCCUAUCUCUAUUUUCAUUUCUCUGUAACAUAUGAAGCUAAAAUUUGUUGUGUACCUUCUUUGUGGGUCACUCCAGAUCAUGUUGUAAUUUUGUACAUAUUUCAACCUCUCUUGCAGGAGUUUUGCCCUUUUAUUUCAAAUCUAACGUUAUAUGGAGGGUACAUGAUUUGUCCAUCCGACUCCUCCUGCAGUUUUGAGAGAAACCGUCUUAUUUAACAGAGUCUUUGUAUGGAUAUUGAUGAAGAUGUGCAUGUGGCAAAGAUUUUGAGAAAAUUCCAGGUUGUUGAGCUUGGUCAGUAUUGAGGAAAUAAUACAAAGUGAGUAUUUGGUUUGUCCAUUGACCUCCUCUCUCACUUUUUCAAGCACAGGCCUUAAAUGUAAAGAUGUGCAUAUUGUGAGGAUUUGGAUUCCCAGUAAUUUUCUAUAAAAAAAUUGUUGCUUGAGAAAGGUAGUUAAACUUUGUCAAUUUUGAGGAAAUAUUUUACACACAAAGCUCCUGGUUUGUUUAUAUUUAUUUCCUGUUAGUUUUUUUUUAAGCUAGGACCAAUGCAAAAGAAAGUAUGUUGCAGCUUGUUAAUGGCUGAUACUACCAUAAGCAAAGUUCUAAAACUCCUGGCUUGUGACGGGCGUAUAAUGUACUGUUUCGAGUUCUUUUGUUAUAGUUUUAUGCACACAUGGACCUGAUUUUAGAUUAUGAAUUUUUUACAAUACACUGUGUGCGAAGAUUCUAUUAAAAUAAUGUUUUUCAAUACA